AUGGCUUGCGCAGCUCCCUCGAUGAUCUCCUCCAAGGCUGGGGCGGCGGCGAUGGCCUCCCUGGCCUCGCCUCCUCUCAGGGUGGGCUCCUCCCAGAGCCUGACCGUGCCCAGGACCUUCCAAGGCUUAAGGAGGAGCUCCGUCCCGCCUCUCCGCUCCGCGAAGCCGGCUUCCCCCUCCCGGUCCGCCAAGAGGAGCUUCUCCGUCAAUGCGGUAAGGCCUCGUCGUCCGUCCCCGCUCCGGUGAUCGUGGUGCCCUUGGUCGUUAGUCUGGAUUUGUGUCGCGGUGAUUCAUCGGGUUUUCCUCGUUCAUCUUCUGGUCAAAGGAGCCUGGCUGUGGGGUGUACUUGCUCAUGCUUCAUAUCCAGUACUCUACACGUAUCGCGAGCCGUACAAUCCCCCGACUCCCUCGCGCGUGCGUUCUUCCGAAUUUCCUUCCCUUGUGACGAUUUUUCCAAUGAUUCAUGCAGACCCAGCUCCCACUGGUCGGAAACACUGCACCAAAUUUCGAAGCUGAAGCGGUCUUCGAUCAGGAAUUCAUCAAGGUAUAAUCCUCUAGAGUCGAGCGUGUUAGGUGUUCUCUUUCGGCAAUGCGUGAGAUAUAAUCUAUGUGCAUUCGCUUUUCUUGGCUCGUUUCCUCUUCCCUUCUCCUAUUAGGGGAAUGAUAUAAAAAAUGGAAGGAAUCUAUAAGCCGGUUUGAUGUGGCCAGUUUCUCAGAUCUCACGGUUCUGUGCUGCUUAAACGUCUAUGGAACGAAGCAAACAAGCGACGUUUUAAUGGCAAAAACAGGAAAAGGGAGCUGCGGUUGGGGAUUUUUUGGGGAGCGGUGGCUGAUGGAAUGAAUAGUAGAAUUUUUUUUUAUGAAAAAAAUGGUCAGCUUCCUAGUCGUUUUGACCCUCUGUAUUUAGAGAAUGUUCAUUGAGUUGACUCCGAGCCCCAUCGUUUACAUAUGGGUUGGGUUAUUUUCUCUGUCGUCGGGAACCAGAUAUGUGAGCCUGACACUGUAGAACUAAUCAUAGGUGUUUAUAACCUUCAUCUCCAUCUCAGUUUGUGUUCUCCAAAGGACCCUUUUAAUUAUUUGGUAUUUGUCACAGGUCAAUCUCUCCGACUAUAUUGGAAAGAAGUAUGUGAUACUAUUUUUCUACCCGUUGGAUUUUACCUUCGUUUGUCCCACGGGUAAGCUUCUGUAAUUUUCAUGUUCAUCAUCAGAUUUCUUUGGUUGGAAUUAAAGCUUUGUUGGAUGGGAUAUUUUUUAAAAUGUUGUUAAUUUCUGUACUGCAGAAAUUACUGCAUUCAGCGACCGAUACUCGGAGUUUGAGAAGGUGAACACGGAGAUUCUGGGUGUUUCAGUCGACAGUGUGGUAUGAUAUUUCAUCUUUUAUUCACGUGAGAUAAAUUACCUUGGGUGAAUGUUACUUCGUUUUCUGGCUGAGUGGAUGAUCAGCCAAUCCAGAUUCAUCAUUUUUUCGAGCAUAUCUAUUGAAGAUAGUUUGAGAUUAAAUUGCUAAUGUUUUUUUCCUCAUUUUCUCAAGUCUACUCCUUGUUUUUCUCCUAGUGAUCUGAGAUGAAGGGAAAAUCAUACAAUUUCUAUUUUUAUCUAUCUUAUCUUGCGGACGAUGGAGGUUUUUUUUUUUUUUAAUCAACCAGAUUGAUCCACUAUUUUUCAGGAAAAUAUACCCUUAAUUCUGAUCUUGAUAAUCUGUAGAAAUUAUUGGACUAUGCUGAUCAUUUGUGAUUUUUAUAUAUAUAUGUUUGUAGUUCUCCCAUCUUGCUUGGGUCCAAACAGAUCGGAAGUCUGGGGGUCUUGGAGACCUGAACUACCCAUUGGUGUCUGAUGUAACCAAAUCGAUCUCGCAAUCUUAUGGGGUCUUGAUUCCCGACCAGGUACAACUUCUUUCUUAUGGGCAAUUCUCCUCGAUUUCGAUCUCAGAAAGCAUACUAUUGUGGGCAGUUAUGAAACUCAUCAAAGGAAUUGCCGAGAAAAUCCUCUGAAAAUCCUCUGAAAAUCUCCGCAUAUUCUGUGGCUUUCAGGGAAUCGCCCUCCGUGGCCUCUUCAUCAUUGACAAGGAGGGAGUCAUCCAGCACUCCACCAUCAACAACCUCGCCAUUGGUCGGAGCGUGGACGAAACAUUGAGAACUCUCCAGGUACUAACAAAAUAUAAUGAUAAUAAUAAUGAUAAUAAUCAUAAUAAUAAUUAUUAUAAUGAUAGCUGGAUCAAACCCCAGUGAGGAUUCUGCUUAUAAUCUAUAAUAAGUGAGAAGAAUUUUGAUUUCCAUGAGCUAUGAGAACAACAGCGUAGGUGAUUAAAUUGGUGAGCAUCUGAGCCACCCACCAAAACCUCGCCUCUGAGACUGUUCAUUUCGCCCUAAAAAAAAUUGUCUUUAAUUUUUCAAGCUCUCAGAAAUACUGGGCUCUUCUUCUUCUUCGUCUUCGUCUUCGUCGUCUCCUUCUUGACCAGUCUGAACCCGUACCGCUUCAUCCUCAGGCGUUGCAAUAUGUUCAAGAGAACCCGGACGAGGUGUGCCCGGCGGGAUGGAAGCCCGGGGACCGGUCGAUGAAGCCCGACCCGAAGCUCAGCAAGGACUACUUCGCCGCCAUCUGA